AAAAUUUCAAUCUUUGGCUCACUUCUUCUUCUUCACCAAAACAGUUCUUCUCUGUUCUUUCAUUUCAAUAAAGACUUUCUAUUUAUAUAAAAGAUUUUAAAGAUCAAACCAAGAAACAAUGAUAAGCAAGGAUCCAAGAUCAAGCUUACCACCAGGGUUUCGAUUUCAUCCAACAGAUGAAGAACUCAUCCUCCAUUACCUAAGGAAGAAGGUUUCCUCCUUACCAGUCCCUCUUUCGAUCAUCGCAGAUGUCGAUAUCUAUAAGUCUGAUCCAUGGGACUUACCAGCUAAGGCUCCGUUUGGAGAGAAAGAAUGGUAUUUUUUCAGUCCGAGGGACAGGAAGUAUCCCAAUGGAGCAAGACCAAACAGAGCGGCCGCGUCUGGAUAUUGGAAAGCCACAGGAACAGAUAAAUUAAUCGCGGUACCAAACCGUGAAGGGUUUAAUGAAAACAUUGGUAUAAAAAAGGCUCUUGUGUUUUACACAGGAAAGCCUCCAAAAGGUGUUAAAACCAACUGGAUCAUGCAUGAGUAUCGACUUGCCGAAUCCUUAUCGCCCAAAAGAGUGGCCCAUGCUAGGAACGGUAGCCAAGUCAAUAAUUUGGGAGAUAGGACUUUAAAAUCUACAGAAUACUCAAUGAGGCUGGAUGAUUGGGUUCUUUGCCGUAUUUACAAGAAAUCACACGCUUCAUUGUCAUCACCAGAGGUUGCUUCAGCUACAAGCGAGGAUCAGGAACAUGAGGAAAAUGACAACGAACCAUUCGUAGUCAGCGAAACCCUUUUGCCAAAUUUGGCAAACGAUCAAACCCUUAAACGCCAGCAGUCUUCUUUCUCCAACUUACUAGACGCUACAGAUUUGACGUUCUUGACAAAUUUUCUAAACGAAACUCCGGAAAAUCGUACUGAAUCAGAGUUUUCUUUCUUGUUUGGAGAUUUCUCAAACCCUGACAUCUACGGAAACCGUUACUUGGAUCACAAGUUACCGCAGUUGAGCUCUCCCACUUCAGAGACCAGAGUUAUAGGAAACAAAAGAGAAAGAGUGGAUUAUGCUGAAGAAAUGAUGAACAAUUCAAAGAAGAUCAACAACUUUAGUUACAAUAAUAGUAUAGAUCAUUUGGAUCAUAGUCUGAUUCAACAAUCUAGUUUUCUGAAUCAAGAACUCUUGAUCAGUCCUCACCUUAAGUAUCAAGGCUAGCGAGAAUAUUGUUUCAAAACCCAAUUACGAGAAUUAGGGCCCAUUUGAUAUAUGAUUGAAAAGUUAGGAGUUGUUAUAAUAUAAAUUACUAAGUAUUGCGAGGGGAAGGGGAAAAUAUAUAAAAUAGUUGUAAUGGAUAUAUGAUCAUAUCAAGAUUAUAAGUUUGGUUUCA